AGUGUUAUUUUUGCAGUCGAAAGAGCAGCAGUCAAACGUGUGGUGUCACUGUCGGGAAAACACAGGGAUACAAACAAGACUACAGCUCGUAACAACUGAGCUAAAUCCGAGAGAAAGGCGGCGAAACGACACCGACACACGCUGCUCGGUCUCCGGCUGCCCGCUGAGAUGGAUGUCCGACAUGGGCUGUAGACUUCUGCGGCGGGACUGAAGUGGGUGCAGGUGACAACACAGAAAAUGUGCCACAGGGAAAUGCUGAACAAGUACAGAGGGGAGAGGAGGUUCUGCAUAAAGGACACUGCAGUAAAUACAGUCACACACGUGACAGACGAGGUGCAGUGUAGAGGAUGGGCCCAGUGUCCCGGUGGCUGAGGAGAUGUCUCUGGGUCGGCUCCUGCGGCGUGCCUCCUCCAAGGCCUCCGACCUCCUGACCUUUAACCCCGGGGCGGGGGGCACAUCGUUGCGCUCGGGCCUGGAUGGCGAGAUCAUCUUCUCCAAAAAUAAUGUUUGUGUGCACCCUGCAGAGCCCCUGCCCGGCCUGGCGGAGCACCACCCAGGCUACCUGUGCGUGCACACGGAGAAGGAUGAGAGCCUGGGCACAACUCUGAUUCUGACCUGGGUGCCCAACUCCCGCAUCCAGAGGCAGGAUGAGGAAGCGCUGCGGUACAUUACACCGGAGAGCUCGCCCGUACGAAGGAACGCACGCCGCCGACCCCGAAAACCCCAUCCGCGUCAUCCAGCAGCCCAGGAGGACGAUGAGGAUGAGGAGAGGAACAUUACCAGCAGCACCUCCACAGAGAGCCACAGCUUGGUGUUAGAGGCAGGAGCAGAUCCCUCCUCGCAGCAGCAGCAGCAGCAGCAGCAGCCCUCAGCAGGGGAGGAGGGGGACGAGGGCUCCUGUGAGCUGUCGGAUGAAGUGAGUCGGGACAGCACCAUGGGUUCGGACUCGGACACGUUCUCCUCUCCCUUCUGCUUGUCACCUGUCAGUGAGGCCCUCUGUGAAAGCAGCGGUUCUGUCUUCUUGGACAGUGAAAGCAGGGAACUUUGUGAAGAGUCUAUGACCCACUCUGCAAGCUCGGCCUCCAGCCUGGACAGCCACGCCCCGUCCGAGUGCGGCGGCCAGUCGCAGGGCGCGCGGUGGGAGGAGCAGCAGAAGGUGUUGGCUCUGGAGCAGCUGUGCGGUGUUUUCAGGGUGGACCUCGGUCACAUGAGGUCGCUUAGACUCUUCUUCAGUGAUGAGGCGUGCACCAGUGGCCAACUCGUGAUAGCCAGCAGAGAGAGCCAGUAUAAGAUCCUCCACUUCCAUCAUGCUGGCCUGGACAAGUUGGCUGAGGUCUUCCAACAGUGGAAGUGCUGCAGGGAAACUCAGCUUAAAGACCAGGUGUCAGUUGAGAAAUCCUGCAUGCAGUUUUCCAUCCAAAGGCCCACCCUGCCGUCAGCUGAGACCCACCCAGAGGAGAAGCUUUAUCGGCGGCUGGAUGUCACCACCUGGCUGCGUCACCUCAACCAGAAUGGGCAGGUGGAGGAGGAGUACAAGCUACGUAAGGCCAUCUUCUUUGGUGGUAUUGACCCAUCCAUCCGUGGUGAGGUGUGGCCCUUCCUGCUGCACUACUACAGCUAUGACUCGACCUCUCAGGAGAGGGAGGCCUGGAGGCUGCAAAAACGCACCCACUAUCAUGACAUCCAGCAGAGGAGACUGUCCAUGAGUCCGGAGGAGCACAGUGAGUUCUGGAGGAAGGUCCAGUUCACUGUGGAUAAAGACGUGGUGAGAACAGACCGCAGCAACCACUUCUUCAGAGGAGAGAAUAACCCCAAUGUGGAGAUCAUGAGGCGGAUUCUCCUCAACUAUGCAGUGUUUAAUCCAGACAUGGGCUACUGCCAGGGCAUGUCUGACCUGGUCGCCCCCUUGCUCACUGAGAUCCAGGAUGAAAGCGACACCUUCUGGUGCUUCGUCGGCCUCAUGGAGAACACCAUUUUCAUCAGCUCACCGCGUGAUGAGGACAUGGAGAGGCAGCUGAUGUACUUGCGGGAGCUGCUGCGUCUCAUGCUGCCCCGCUUCCACCAGCACCUGACCAGGCUCGGGGAGGAUGGCCUCCAGCUGCUGUUCUGCCACCGCUGGAUCCUGCUCUGCUUCAAACGAGAGUUCCCCGACACAGAGGCUCUGCGCAUGUGGGAGGCCUGCUGGGCUCACUACCAGACGGACUACUUUCACCUCUUCCUGUGCGUGGCCAUCAUUGUUCUCUAUGGGGAGGAUGUGACAGAACAGCAGCUCGCCACUGACCAGAUGUUGCUCCACUUCAGCAAUCUCUCCAUGCAUAUGAAUGGAGAGCUGGUGCUGCGCAAGGCCCGCAGCCUCCUCUACCAGUUCCGUCUCCUACCCAGAAUCCCAUGCAGUCUGCAUGACCUCUGUAAACUGUGUGGCCCCGGGAUGUGGGACAGCCGCUACAUCCCCACUGUGGAGUGUUCUGGUGAACAUCCAGACUCGCAGAGCUGCCCCUAUGGAGGCACCUCCACCCCCCAGCCCUCCUCUCCCUCCCCGUCAUCCACGCCCUCGCCUUCACCAAACUCCACCACCACGCCUCCACCGGUGGGCAAGAAAGGCUCCAAAACCCGGGAUAUUUUCACCUUCCGGAAACAGUCCUGAGGUGGAGGCGAUGGGGAGCUUUGCUGGUCUUGGCUCAUGUUAGUACAGCAAAUGUUUGGAUCCAUCUGCUGGAUUCCUGAGCUAUUUGCUGCACCCUCUCUCCACAGCCCCUGCUUCUAGUUUCACUGUUUUUUUCACUUGAUCCUUUCAUGUAUUGCGAUGUGGAACACUGCCUUACCAGAAUGUUAUUUACAACAUUCGGCAUCACAUGAAUCUGCCAUGAGGACGGUUUCAUUGCCGGACGGGCCUGAAGACAAUAGGCUGCUUUAGUCUUGGAGCAGAACGGACAAUUACCAGGCACUCUGGAGCUACUUCAGGUUCAAGUCGACCGCUGGCUUGGCAUACUUCCAUGGGCUUUGUGGGCAGGGGUCACCUCAGGGUCUGAGGCAACCACUCUGAGUUCAUGCAGACUCUGACCAAGGGUCAAAUGAAACUGGAGUUUCAUUCACAGGACUUGAACUUGAACUUGAACUUGAACUUGAAAAAAAAUGUUCCUGUGUUCUCACAAUGGAAUAUUUGUGUGAGUAUCAAAUAACAUGUGCAUAUCUCAAGUCUGACAUUUUUAAAAAAAUGAAAUCCAAUCCCUCUGCUUUAACAAAGAAGGGUUAACCUACAGAUAGGAUUAUAGCGAAUUGCUGGUACUUACCAAUUUUUGUUCAAUUUCAUUUUCAAACAAGUGAAUGUUGGCGUUUAUAUUAGCAAAGUUGCAAAUAUUUAGCAAUAUUAUAUCCUUGCAUGUGCGAUUCUUGACAUUAUAGAGGGCACGACAUGUUUGUUGGAAAACACUUGAGCCCAAAACAGAAGUGAGAAUGUGUUUACAUGACAAACACAUCAUGACAGGGCUCCUCAUAUUUCCUCAUCAGAAUGUGUUAAAGGAAUAUUCUCAUAGUUUGUGUUUCUCGACAUUCACAAGGAAGCUAGCCGCUUCCUUCUGCUGAAGUCAGACACAGACGUUUUAUCUGCAGCUGAAUCAUUUACACAUGACCGUCAUAAGUUUAGUUUCCUGUCCGAGGAUAACGGAUGAAUAUGACAGCGCUGUCUUCCAAAGAAAGCACAGAUCAUGUUUAAUCCUGCCAGAAAAAGUGCUGGCUUUGUGUUUUACUUUUUUGUCUUUUGUGUUGAAUCAUGUUUAGACACGGUCGUGAAAAAUCAUCAGCACAGUGUUACUGUUUUGUUUUGUUUUUUUCUAUCUACUUACACUUUAAAGUGAAUGACAAACACACUAUCAACACUAAGAAUCAGUCCACAUGAAUGUAUCUCUUUUUUGAGGGGUUGUUUUUUUCUUUCUUCUCACUCAGCAACGACAGUGCAGUUCUUUUCUGUGUAUGCGUGGCCGUGUGUAUAAACUGGAGUGACCUCUAAGCAUCUGGUAAUGAGUCGGAGAACAGCCGUAGAAGGUCUCUCUAAUUAUAGCAGUCAUCAUGGGGGAGAACCUGGGAGAGAGAAGAAGAAAGAAAAGCUUGUUGUUGGAACACACAAAAAAUGUGAAAUAUGAAGAGAAAGGGGACGAUUUAGGCUUCAUACAGGGAUAAAGAGAGAUCUCGCCUUUGUGAUUUACAAGUCCCAGAUGUAAAGAUGGUCGCUCCACUCAGAGGCUUUUCCCCGAGAGCGUUUGAGUGACACUCCUGGGGGAUGAAAACAUCUUCAAAUUGCUGCUAAAAAGUAACAUUAAGACCUUCAAUCAGCCCCUCCUCCCCCUCAUGUGGUCUCUCGCUCUCUCACUCAGCAAGCAGUCUCUGCAAAUGACAUUCAUAACUGCUCCUUCUCCCUCUUAGUUAUCAUGUGCAGCUGCUUGGUGGAAAUGCCCGCAGAGUUUUGAAGAUUGGGAGGCUGCACCGAAAUGAGCAAAGUCUAGAGGUGCAUGAUGGGGAAGAAAUCAAACUCUGCGUGUGUGUGUGUGUGCGUGCGUGCACAUCUAUGAACUCAUGAAUUUUAUUAAAAUCCUCAUUGAAAUCACCUUGUCUGCACAUACACUGUAACUCACAAGCCUACUUAAUGACUACUCCUAUUCAAAGGGGUUUUGAUCAGUCGUCACUGAAUGUAAUGCUCCAUGAUAUGCUGAUGUAUUACUGUACACAUCCCAGAAAAAAAGAGCCUAUUCUUGGUAUUAAUAAAAACACAGUCAUACUUUCAA